UUAUCCUCUAUUUUUUCAACCGAUCUCGUUGCGAUCUUUAUUCUCAUCGAACGGUUCGAUCGAUGACGGACUUCCGGUUGUCCCCUGUCCCGGAACCGACGAAAAACUGGCCAGGAACGGAGUGAUCGUCGAGCUAAGCUCGACGGUGGCAGAGGGACGCGUUGAGGAACGAUCAUGGGCAACAACACCACGAAGAACCACUACUCGAAGAGCCUGGCUGCCGGCAGCAGCGCCUCCAGAAGACCACGUUGGGAGGGAUCAGGUCUCCCAGCUCCACCAGGGAAGCCGAUUUUAAUACCAGGGGCGGACGAGUCCCAACCAGAAGUAGUGGCCAUUCGUUGGGAGAGGUCACCGAGUAACGGUGGCUCGGCCAUUGUCGGCUACCUGGUCGAGCACAGGAGGCUCGGCUCGCAGCAUUGGGUACGCAGCACACCAGGGCUUUGCACCUUUCCGGAACUGACCUUGAGCGGCCUCGAGCCAGGAUGGCGGUACCAAUUCAGGGUCAGGGCACAGAACACCGUAGGUCUGUCGCGACCCAGCGAGAUCUCCGAUUCACUGACUGUGACCUUGCAAAGGUCCGCCGCUUCUGCGCCGUCCUUCGAUGUCGAACUCGAGGACACGACGGUCCUCGAAAACGAGCAGGCAGAAUUCGAGGUACGAUUUAGUGGGACGCCGCUGCCGAAGAUUUCGUGGUUCAAAGAUGGCUUCGAAAUCUUCAGCAGCAGGCGAACCAGGAUCGUCACUGACAGCGGCAGAAGUGUCCUCCUUAUCCAUCAAACUGCACUGAACGACGAGGGCGAAAUAAAAUGCACGGCCACCAAUAGAGCAGGGCAUACUAGUACCAAAGCCAGACUAAUGCUGGAAGCUCCUCCAAAAAUACGGCUUCCACGCCAAUACGAGGACGGUCUGCUGUUCGAACAGGACGAAACUAUCAGAUUGAAGGUAUCCAUGGCUGGAAGGCCUCCGCCCACUGUGCUUUGGUUUCAUGAUGGAGAACUGAUCACCAACGACGGGAGGCAUGUCUUCGAAACGAUGGACAGUGAAUCGAUUCUAAAGAUACCGGAUGCCAAACGCAUUGACAGGGGAGAGUACACGGUCAAGGCCAUAAAUAAACUCGGGGAGGACAUAACUUCGUUUCUGGUCACAGUUACAGAUCGCCCCGCUGCACCUGGAAAAGCAACGGUCACGAUGACCCUGGGCAGAUCGGUGACGUUAUCGUGGCAGGAACCUGAGGACGACGGUGGUUGCAAAAUAGGAACGUACAUCGUCGAGUACUACAGAGUUGGCUGGGAUGUGUGGCUGAAGGCGACCACUAGCAGACAGACUAAAGCAACGUUAUCGGAAUUGAUCGAGGAAUCAGAGUACAAGUUUCGAGUGAAGGCUGAGAAUCCUUACGGGGUCAGCGGACCUAGCGAAGAAAGCGACGUGAUCUUCAUUCCAGAUUUAAAGAGAGGUAUAACGACACCGUCCAUCGGCGGGAAGUCGCAGAGUCACCGAGAAAUUAGAUCGCGCGAGAAACGAGAGGUGAGCUUCGCUGUGCCGACCCAAAGGACCAGAAGCUUAACCAGAGAGGAAGGUCGUGCGCGGGACGAAGACGACGAAGGACGUUUCGGACCAAGUAGCCGAUCGGUGUCGGCUCAAAGGCUCAGUCGACCAUCCAGAGCCGACAGUAGAGUCACAUUUGCCCUGGACACGUUCGACAAAUCGGGCACACCCAUUCCUCCGGCAAGAUCGAAGGAUCAUUCCACUUCAAAGCUCGACACACGGGGUGAGAAUCACGUAGAUCGACCGAAUAUUAACGUGGACCUGACGAAUAUCGAGAAUCUGGAUCAAAACAAAGACACCCUACCGGUAACGAGGUCUACAACCGUCACAGUUUCCCCACCCCUGAUGGAUGAGGCCAGUAGACGUUCGGUAUUCAGAGAGUCUCGAUCUCGAUCAGUGUCCAUGUCACGAGAGCGUAGCAUGUCUCCUCUAUCGAUGCCCAAGAUUCAAGAAGAAGAACCUUCCACGAAUUCCGCGCGUAUUCUUCGUCCCUCGUUGAGCUUGACCUUGAAGAAGCAGCAAGCAUUAGUCGACGAACCCGAACCAUCGUUCCUCAAGACAAACUCUUUGGAAGAGAAAUCAAGUUCGCCGUUGACCCCUAGAGAGGAUGAUGAAAGCAUAAUGCAUGGAAGCUCAGAGUUCAUGUUGGUGUUGUACACUGACGACCAGGACAAGAAACUCGUGGACAACGAUGGUAGGCGAAAAAGUAUAGAAGCAAGGCAAAGUGCAACAGAGGAGGUAGAAGAUAUGGAAGACCUCAUUCCGCCGCCUAUGUCGCUAUCGCUCCCGGAACUAUUUAGCGCCGAGCAUCAAGUGGUAGAGACACUCCGAGAAGCGGUCAGUUCCACGGAGCUGCUUCACGAAAGGGCAAUGGAGCGGUUUUACCGCGCGGUGGCAGCCGAGGAGGCUUCCGAGAUCGCCAAAAGAAAGACGCAGGUCGAGAGGAAAACUGGGGAAUUGGCGUCAACCGUGGACGAGAAAACAGACAUAGAUACCGAUACUCAAGAUACUAGACGAUCGUCCCUAUUACGUCGACUGUCUAACCCUGGCGUCACUGCUCAGAAUCUGAUCUCCUGGCAGACGAAGAAAAACCGCAGGAGAUCCAGCGAAGGUCAACCAGAAGUACUCAAGUCGCCAUUGAAAUCAAUAACCCCUAGUUUGCUGCCUGCUGUGGAGGCAAAAUCGGAUCCAAACCUGCCCAGCGAUUCCGAGACUCCAACAGGUGUCAGGGGGUUGGACAACGAGGAGGACGCGGCCAGGCAACUGCGCAGGUGGCACGACAGCAACGUGCCAUUGGUCGAGGAGAAACAGGAAGAGAAAUCGAUACCCUGGAGGGCUGACACCACUGAAGAAGCUCUGCGCAGCGAGGGAGUGGUUCCGACGAUCCAACCAUUCGCACAGCCAGAGGCAAGGGACUUAGAAGAGGAUGAAGAGAGCAUUGAGAGUUCCGAGGCAUCGUCUGCUAUUAGCAGCGCUGACAGCGAAGAUUUGAAACUGCUGAAGGCGAGGAUCCUGGCUAGACAAGUUUUAGAGGAAGAAGACACGUACCAUCCACGAGGUAGACCGGUUCUGCACGUCGAAAUAGAGCCACCAAUGGUUCCGCCACAUCGAAUACCGAUAUUGGACUCACCCACUAACCUAGUCCCGAAAUCGAUACUGAAGAAGCCUAAAGAGGAGCCGAUUCCUGUCAACAGCUUCGGUAGACCGAUUCCACCUGAGAAACCGAUCAGGAAGAUCCCACCCCACCAAGUCCAACAAGGUACUGAGAAGGAAGAGGAUAUUAGUGAUACACAGCCUAUCCUCGUACACGAAUCUUUGAAGACACCUGUUAUGUCAGACUCCGAUACAGACAGCGUUCUAUCGGCUGGAGAAGCAGCGAAGAACCGCAGGAUCCAAGCGAAAACGAAGUCAGUACCAUCUGAGGAAGAGGUCGACGAAGAGGACAUCGAGGCGAGAAUGGCGGUGGUUAAUCACUACACUGAAAUCGUCCGGGAGCACUCGAGUCGUUUCAGUUACAGAAGCUCCGAAGAAAGAAAGCCCGAUGACAGUUUGGCUAGCUCCCGUAGAUCGUCGUUCUCGGAGGAUCAAGAACCCAAGAACCAGACGAAACGAACAGUAGCGAAGAAAGAAAAUAAGAUCGAUAAACAGGAACGGCAAGCUGAUCAGAAACCCAAAAAGAGUGCUGGCUCCCGUGGAACAACCCCAGCUAGGGAAACGAAGCCUGUUAAGGAGAAACGAUCCAGCAGACCGCCAUCGAGGAACGAAUCUCCCGCGCCAAGGUCGAGGAACGUGUCUGUCGAAAGAGGUGGCGCAUCCUCAAGGUCGUCCUCCAAGACCAGAGUCCGAGCUCCGUCCCAAGAUAGAAAACCUCCUUCGAGAACAGACUCCGAGGAUCAACGAUACGUCAGAGAAAAAUCUGUCGAAGAAGGUCCUCGAAGAUCAAGGAAACCUUCCUCGAGGGCACACUCGAGGUCCAGCUCCAGAGACAGAAAGAGACCAGAGACCCCAGUAGAGCUGAAGAUGGAACGUCUGCAAAGAGCCCUAGAAAGCAAGAAGUAUCGUUCAUCCAGACGCGGUUCCGCCGCCGACAGGGAAUAUACCGAUGUGCAGAAUCGAGUGAACGAAGAACAAUUGGCGUUGGAAGCCAAGAAGAACGUUAGGUUCACGGUCAGCUACGUCACCGAUCUGACGCUGCUGAUGGCCGCCGUUUACGUUUACCUGUUCAAGAAGGAGACCCUGGCGAUUCCGUUCAUCGCGCUCCUACUGUACAGGCGGGUCCAGCAUGAAAUACGCGGACGAUUGUCUCGCGGCUGGUGGUGGUCGAAACGGAAACAAUGA